AUGCAGAACAGUACCCUAGCUGAUUUGGACCAUGAUCACCCAGCCAGUCCAAAUCUAGCCGACAUCUCUGCAACCAGCACAUUGUUGCCAAGGAAAGAAAAAUAUCUUCUUCCUGCUGGCACUUUGUCAAGUCCUGACCUCAGGGUCAUCGCUGGUAGUGUCAGUACAACCUCCAUGGUCACAAAGAUGGAUACUGUCGAUCUCUUCUAUCCGAUUCUAAUGAAGAUUAAAACAGGCACCUACCGUGAUGAGCAUUUGCCAGGUCAGUGCUCCUGGCCACCGGCGAUUUAUCACUGUCAGUCUAAAUGGCUGUCUAGCGCAGCUACAACCUCUCACUGCCUCGAGCAACACUGUUAUGUACAAGGAAAACUUUCAUUGACCUAG